UUUUUCCUAUAGAAUAUGUUUCUUUUCAGGCACCAAACUUAAAACAAGGAGGUCAGAUACCUGCUAUCAGGCACCUAUAAUGAGACCAACACACAAAAACCUUUUGGUGAAAAUGAGACAAAUGCUUGUAGAAAAUCUCCGCGUUGAGGACAUCAUUCAGGACAUGGUAGCCACGAACAUAUUCAGUAAAGACAAUGCAGAAAAGGUAAUGGCUAAAGAAACAGAAAAUGAUCAAGCUUUUGAAUUUCUUCGUAUUCUACCGAAAUGUGGUCCUCGUGCAUUUGAAACAUUUGUUGAAGUGUUGAGAAAACACAAUAAGAUAGAACUUGCAGAUAAGCUAGCAGACAAAGCGACUGCAUACAGUAGUAAAAACCAAUUAGCGUCUUUCUACAUAAAAUACAUGAGUCAAAUACAGCGUCUUCCUUGGGACCCCGACGACACAAUGCACUUAGAUGACGUCUAUGUUAACCUGCAGUGGGUACAAGAGGAAAGGAAACCAGCAGGUACCAGUUCUGAUCCAAUCCGUAGCUAUACAUCAAUAUUACACACCAAACAAGGGAAGAGACCGAAGAGAAUAUUGGUCAGAGGAAAAGCAGGCAUUGGCAAAACCACAUUUACACAAAAGAUGGCAACAGACUGGGCAAAUGCCACACUGGGUUUAGGAGAAUGUGAUGAAGUCCUUUUGAGAUAUAAACAUGUUUUAAUAAUAAAUCUACGCAGCGUUCAGCCUGGUCAAACAUUGAAGGAAGCAAUGGAAACACAAAUCACUUGUUCUGCAGAAAAUAGGAAAGCAGUGACAGAUGAAGUCAUGCAAGCUCUAGACUAUGACAGUGAGCAUGUUCUGUUGGUCUUUGAUGGUUAUGAUGAAUAUGAUAUCAACACCUCCACAGAAAUCACAGACAUCAUUUACCGAAGACAAUACCAAGAUGUGUGCACCGUCAUCACAACACGUCCGUGGAAGGCAGAAGAACUGAUGAACAGACGAAUGAUGGACGAUGCGUAUGAAAUAACUGGGCUAACAGAGGACAACAUAGCUGAAUAUGUUGCUAAAUUCUUUAAUGAUAAACAGAAAUAUGAUGAUUACCUGGCACUGAGGUCAGAAUCCUAUUUAAAGAGUCUGGAUGUAUUGCGUUCAAUAGGGAAGGGUCUCGUAGGCUACCUAGAGGAAAAGAAGCUGAUGUCUCUGGUGAGGAUUCCAAUACUUUUACUGUUUGUUUGUCUUAUGUGGCAAGAAGAUCAACAAAGUGAUGCCAAGACAGAUUCACUCCCAGCUUCAUACACACUGCUAUACAAGAAACUAAUACAGUUGCUUUUAAGACGAAGAUACGGCAUCAGGACACAGGUUGAAAUGGAACAGUCUGCAUGCGUUAAAAAUCUUGAAGAACAAACAUUUAUCAGUCUUGGCAAGCUGGCUUACGAUGGACUGGUGAAACCAGAUGGGUGUCUCAUAUUUGAUGAAAAAGACCUGCAGAAGAUUCCAGAUGUCAACGAAUUGUACAGUUUAGGUCUACUUAGCAAGUGUAAGGUUCACAGUAACCUUGAUGUUAAACACGAGGUAACUUUUCCACACAAAACAAUUCAGGAGUUUUUUGCGGCAAAAUACCUGGCGAGGAAAUUAGACGAAAAUGAUAGUAACAUUUUAGAUAAGUUAUUGGAAAACUUAGACACCACUGACAAACUCUUUGACAUGAGCUUUGUGCUGCGCUUUUUGUUUGGGUUAUCUAAGAGAGCAACUACCAAAGUGCUACAUAGAGCGAAAUCCCUACUUGUGAGCAUUGAACCUUUUAGAACGAAGUAUUUCCAUUCCCUUGGCCUUUUUUCGGUCGAUCACGUAUAUAGCAGUUACAGCCAGUGGUUUAAUGAUCUCCUCCUAGAAAACUGGUAUGCCCACUGUCCCCAGAAAACAGUGCUGCCCCCUGAGCUUAUCUCCUGCCACAAGGUGCUUUGCAUACCUGAAUCAUUUCAGCACUCUGAUCCCGGAUUCCAGCAGGUUUUGAAUGACAGUGUAGACAGUUUAUUGUCCAGUCCUCAGAUAUACUCUGGUAUGCUCAAAGGUUUGAUUGCUGUCAGUCUUGACAACGACAUGUUAGUUACAGAAAUACCAGACUAUAUACAUACCGGAAGACAAGAAAUAGAGCACAAACUUUUAUCUUUACUCAGAAAGUGUGACAUGUUCGAGGAACUAGUAGCGGUAUUUUGGAAGAGUUUAUCUCACACUUGUGAUGAUUGCACAUAUACAUUAAAUCAUGUUAUAUCAAAAGCUCCUAACCUUCAAACACUUGUAAUAACUACAAAUUACAGUGGAGCAUUAUCAUCAAUACCAAACCCUGGAAAACUGUUACAUCUGGAUGUCAGAGACAUAAAUGUUCAAGACUGGCAGGUGAUCCUACAGAUGGGACACUUGGAGUGCAUUAACGUAAGUUGCGGCCUAUCAAGAGACCCACCUCCUCAACUGGGGUUAAUACCUAUUACCAGUCAUGAUUUAACUCGUAUAGACAUUAGAUUUACCCCUCUUCGUGCCGUGGGUGUACAGCUUCUUGGGAGGAACCUUCACCAUGUGCCAGGGCUGGAACGUCUGGGACUGGUCUGUGUAUUCAUGGGGGGACCCAAGUGUGGGCCUGGCAGGUGUACAUGUCCUAGGGGUGAAGAUACAACAUACUAUGAGAGAUGUCAGGAUGUCUGUAAAGCCGUGCGUGAACUGAGCCAAGGUGUGAUACACACCACUAAGCUGAAGGACUUCUCAUUCAGUGUCAAUGACUUGGGUCAGUACCACGGUAUCACCAGUCCACUGAUAGCAUUGGUACAAUCUCUCAGUACAGUGUCACAGCAGACUGGAAUGGAGAUUGACAUGUCCUGGAAUGACCUGGGCAGAGUUGACCGCCUCAGUGAGCUUAUAGAAGCCAUAGUACGCUCUUACCAGCAUGAAUCAUCUUGGUAUCUUCGGUUGAAUAACCUUGAAAAGAGUCUCCCAAAGCCAGACGACAGUCUUAAUUGUCAAGUGUCACAUGAUAUCUUUUAA